UAUAUAAAUAAUUCCACUUGCAGUUUGGUUUCAUCAACUCUUUUGUAUUUUACAUAGACAGUCAUGAAAAGCCUAGAGCCACUCCUUAAUCUACAACACCUGUGUGUUAAUGAAAAAGCUAACGACUCGUCUGUCGAGUCAACUCAGAAAACAGAAUUGUUCACCACGCCGCUGAGUCUUGAUGAGGUGGAGGUGAUUUUGGGUUACGAGUUUAAGAACAAACAGUUGUUGGAAGAAGCUUUUACGCAUGCUUCGCUUGGUGAGGGCUUCUCUAACGAGAGGUUAGAGUACGUCGGCGAUUCCGUUCUUAAUCUACUUUUUACAAAAGAGCAGUACUUUGAGUACCCUGAUUUGUCGCCGGGGGUUUUGACUAGACUUCGAGCGGCUAAUGUAGACUCCGAUAAGCUUGCUCGUGUCGCCGUUAAACAUGGAUUUCAUCGGUUUUUGCGUCAUAAGAAACCUCUUCUUGAGGAUCAAAUUCGACAAUUUUCUGAAGAAAUACAGCGGUUUCCUUUGCAUUCAAAUGGACUGGUUGAUGUGCCAAAGGCAUUAGCCGAUCUUGUUGAAUCUAUAAUUGGGGCUGUUUUUAUCGACAGUAAUUCCUCCAUUGAUAUUGUUUGGAAGGUGUUCAAGGAUUUGUUGGAACCCAUAAUCAGGCGCGAAACGUUAAAAAUACAUCCAGUAACCCAAUUGUAUGAAAUGUGCCAAAAGAAAAAUUUAAAAGUAAAAUUUGUAGAUUUAUGGAAAGAGAGCACAACAUUCGAUGUAUUCGUAGAUGACCAAUUUGUAGGAAGAGGUUCAUGUAGUCUUAAGAAGGAAAUUGCUCAUAAUAGAGCUGCUAAAGAUGCUUUGGAUAAUAUUGUGAGAAUCUUGGAUAAGAAAGAUAUGUAGUAGAUUUGAUUGAUAAUACGUGUAUUGUGUAUUUUUUUUUUUUUUACAAUUAUAUGAAUGAUAUCUAGAUCCUUUUAUGUA